AUGCCUGUCUCUGCGAACCGGGCUCACAGCGUUGCAGGAAUACGGACGCCCACAAUACGAUCGCACGGUUCCGUCCACUCGGAAUAUGUUGUUCACUUCUUGUUACAAGCUAACGAAUACUACGCGGGAGAGGGUGCUCCUCAUCACCACCAUCACCAUCAUCCUGAAGGCGAGGGGCAACAGUACAAUGCUGGGGGUGCCCCUCAAUAUGCUCAAGGAGGCGCGCCGCCAUUCGAAGGUGGUCGGCAAGAGUACGGAGCCCCGCACCAUAGUGGCGGGCGUCCGGAGUAUGGCGCACCACAGAAUGAAAUUGGUGGUCGCCCGGCGUACCAGCAAGGUCGUCAGGAAUAUGGCGAGCCCCCGCAAUAUCAGCAGGGUCGUCAGGAAUAUAGCGAGCACCCGCAGUAUCAUCAGGGCCGUCAGGAAUACGGCGCUCCUCAGUAUGAGGGUGGGGGACGGCCUCCUUAUGAAGGAGGUGGGGGAGAGUACGCUCCCCACCGUGGUGAGGGCCGCCCACAACAUGGCGGAGGCGGCCAGGCAUACGGCGGCCCUCCUCACGGAGAAGCGCAGGGAUACUAUAACCAAGGUCAUCCUCAGGAAUACGGUGCUCCCCCUCCUCCCGGGAGCGGUCAAUACUCCCAGAUGGGGGGGCAGCACUUGAAUUCUCCGUAUCACUCUGGUGGGGGACAUCCUCAAGGGCAUGGACGUCCGCCAUUUGACGAAUCCGAGGUCGCAAGUGCUGCCAGUAGGCAUAGCGGAGGAGACUCGUCGUUAUUUUCUUCUGCCCUUCAGCAUGUCCAUAAUCACGCAAGCGAGCACGAGCAGCCCAUUGAUGAGGAGCACGUACAAAAUGCUCAUCGCGCGGCCUAUCAAGAGGGUAACGCCAGCAGCUUGAGUGCCGGCUCAAUGGGCGGUGCUGCUGCCAUGCAGGCUAUGAAGAUGUUCACAGGCGGCGGAGCCGGAGGAGGAUCUUCCUCUGACUUGAUCAGUUUCGCCAUGGGCGAGGCCUCUAAGCUCUUCGACAAGUCAGGAGGAGCUUCUUCGGGUAGCAAGCAGGAUGCUAUCAAUGGUGCAGCCAUGACCGUCAUGAAGUUGCUUGUGCAGUCCAAAUUUAGUGGUGGAGCGACUGGCGGAGGCAGUAGUGGGGGGCUGAGCAGCCUUAUGGGUUUGGCGUCCAAAUUUAUGUAA